AUCUCUGGAGACUUGGCCCAAAGGCAAUUCUGGGAAUUUAUGGGUGUCCAGAGGCUUUUUUUGGGUGUGCAUAGAAAUCACCCUUACGUAUGUUGUUUCUAAUUCUGUAUGAUUCUGAUGUUGCCAACCCUUGUGAACUGCAUAGGCAAGGCCAUGCUCUGAUUUUCCAUAGAGAGAGAGAGAGAGAGAGAGAGAGAGAGUGAGUGAGUGAUGCGAGGGAGGAAGAACUCGCCAACAAUGGGAGGCGGAAACGACGCCGUCUCGCUCGCGGGGUCUUUACGCGACACUGGGCCCACUGACACCGGGUCUCCCAGUCCUUCUUUAAUCAGCGAUGCUCGUACCCCAAUUAAACCAAACAAGAUAAAAAACCAACCCCCGUAUCCCCGCAACCAAACACCCACGCCCACCCACCCAAAAUGGAAUCUCAAUUGCUCCAACCCAAACAGAUCUUCAUCUUAUCGGGCCAGAGCAACAUGGCCGGCCGCGGCGGCGUUUUCAGAGACCACCAUCACCACCAACAUUGGGACCGCGUCGUUCCGAACGAGUGCGGCCCCCAUCCAUCCAUCCACCGCCUCAGCGCGCAUCUCCGGUGGGAGCCCGCGCUCGAGCCGCUUCACGCCGACAUCGAUGCCACGAAGGUAUGCGGCGUGGGGCCGGGGAUGGCUUUCGCGAACGCCGUGAGGGAGCGCGUGGGAGUGGUGGGGCUCGUGCCGUGCGCGGUGGGCGGGACGGCGAUCAAGGAGUGGGCGCGUGGGGAGCACUUGUACGAGAGUAUGGUGAAGAGGGCGAGAGAGAGCGUGAAGGGCGGGGGUGAGAUCAAAGGAUUGUUGUGGUACCAAGGGGAGAGUGACACGUCGACGCAGCAUGAUGCUGAUGCAUACCACGGGAACAUGGUGGAGCUCAUUGAGAAUGUGCGCGAGGAUCUUGGCUUGCCUUCGCUUCCUAUUAUCCAGGUGGCUAUUGGGUCUGGGGAUGCAAAGUAUAUAGAGAAAGUGAGGGAGGCCCAAUUGGGAAUGAAGGUUCCAAAUGUGGUUUGCGUGGAUGCAAAGGGGUUGGAGCUCAAAGAUGAUCAUUUGCACCUGACCACCAAGGCCCAGGUUCAAUUGGGUCAAAUGUUGGCUGAUGCUUACAUCAAACACUUUGUAUCAUCAGAAGACGAUGCUCAUCCUGCCCUUUAAAAGUAAACACUCAAAUUUCGUUGUGUUUGUUUGUUUGUCGGUCUCCUUUAACUUGUUGACUUUGUGCUACAACUAUAAUGUCAGCAGGUCUUAAGUUCGACGACCGUUGGUGUAUUACUAGACUACACUAUUGUGGACUCUGCAUGCUAGUGGGUUGAAUGUAGCUUUUGGGCUUUUGGUCCGCUGAGCCUACGAGGCCUGAUACUAAACCAUUAGAUCUUUGUUGA